AUGUCGGGCUUUCACGCGCUCAACAUCGAGUCGGAUGAUGAGUCCGACAUUGAAAUCGACGACACCAAGGAGAUCCAAAUCGAGGAAGCUCUCAAGCUCUAUCAAAUUGCCCUGAGAUUCCACUCGGAAGGUCCUGAUUCGUAUGAGAAAGCGUCCAUCGCAUAUCAGCAGCUGUUCGACUCUGAGAUUUUUAAAUAUCCCGAGUCACAGACUGAGCUCCAGCGCAUCGAGCUAUAUGGCGCUUCCCCCGAGAUUGAAACCAUCUGGGACGAUGUCGUACCUGGAUCUGUAACCGCCGCSAACAGCCUGGAUACUGGGCCAAGUACGCUGCCUCAAGUCCUGCACCUUUCACACAAGAACUAUGCGCAAUUCAAAUUGGAUGCCUUGGAAGCGAAGUUUGACAUUUUCAACGUCACUCUUAAUCAGAUUCUGGCCGAUGCUACUGCUGCGUUGAACCACUUCGUUCAGGCGCUGGACAAGGAUGAUAGUGAUAUCGACUUGUGGCGGCGAACUGCAUCAGUUGGGGAAAUACUUGACAGCGGACGUGUCGCGCGCUACUGCUUGGAAUCUGUUCUCGAUGGCGACGAAGAAGGUCUGGGUGGCAUGCUCUCUUUGCCGGGACUUGAGGAGGGCUCCGCCGCCGAAAAGCUACGGGAGCUGGUUGGCGACAUGCAGGAUCAGCUGUCUCUACUGCAAAGUCCACUCCUCAUUAACAAGCGAAAGGUACUAUCAAAGGCUUUGAAAGAGCGCCUGCAUCCCUACUUUGAUAUUCUGCAGCGCGAAUCCGAACUGCGAAAGCAGCAAGAGAAAGCMACAAUACAGGAACCAGACCGAAUUGUGCUCAAACGUCCACAAACUUGGGCUGAGAUGGGCGACAUUCUCCUGCGACAGCUCCUUGCCGAGCAACAUGGCACAUCAUCUGCUCGACCGGGCGUAGCGGUCGCUUUUGACCUGAGCACGACAGAAUCUGAAGACGAGAUGGCCGUCGAGCAGCUGAUGUCUCCUGACGAACCACCGUCUCCCGUCAACACAUCAGCUUUGACUGCGUAUCCCUCUUCUAUUGAUGAGCAAUUUCCCGGACUCGAUUACGGCAAGCCCACUACGCAACCGCAGAUAGCACCUGCGCAUCCCAGCAUGCGACUCGAGACAAGGCCUCGUUCCGAUUCAGAUGCAAACAUGAUGGACUCUCCAACCCUGACGCUACCUUCACGGAAACGCUCGGGCGAUGCGGCAGGUCUCAACGAUGGGCUAGAAGAAAGCCGCUCUAAAAGCAGGCGAACCCGUGCUCGAGAGUCAAACGCGGACACUGGAGACACGCGCAAAGCCCUCAUCGAAGCCAACAUCCAGUGGGAAUAUGAGCAGCAAUUGAAUGAAUUCCAGGCUGCCGAUGAUUGGAUGUUUGAGACAGUCGGAAAUCUCUUUGAGAAGGUCGGAAUUGUUGGAUUCGGCGCUGCUAAGAACAUUCGUCAAGAACUGCAAAUCGCAUCACCUGGAGAGCACUCUGCGUCAGCGGAUACAGAGCCCACGGCGGAGCCGGACUUGAGAUGUGCACGAGCAGACCUCCACGCCUUUCUACACCAAUACAACGAACAGCUGGCGCAUUUGUUUCGUAACAGCAGCGAGAGCCUCGACAUCAGUCAAAGUAUGAACGCUGCCGGCAACCUGUUUGCAAGUGGUGGCACCUCGACCAGCCCGUCGAAAACACCUCUCCUACCAAACGAUGGACUUGAUGAGCUGAUCCAAAGUCUGAACGAUGACUGGACCUUGGUCCAAGCUGCAGCCUGGAGAUUCAUCGGCGCACUUUUGAUUCCUGGUCGCCUGUCGUCCUCAUCGCCGGGCAACAGCUACAUCCAGUUUCUCUGGCCCGAAAGCCUCAAAACGAUGGUCGUACGAAUCCUCGUCAAUUUUGACGAGACCAUCUUCAAGCAGACGGCUGCCGAGCUAAACAAGCUAAGGGAAUGUGUGACGAACGAAGAGGAUCUCAAAGCGACAGCACUUGCCGAGAUGGCACAGACCAUUUUCGAGUUGCACCUUGACAUUUACUGUYUGAUAAAAUCACCAAACAGUGGCGUGGAAAGCGCAACUGUAAUAAGUCAAGGCGAGCGGCUGAACCGAUGGGCAGAGCUUUCGAGGGAAGUCAUGCAGGUCUGUCGCGAGGCGGAUGUAGAUGAAAAUGGGACUCCGAGCUUGAAGGAUGCCCUGUCUCUGAGAUUCCUCUGGGCGACGGCUUGCAACAUCGGUGCAUCCUCAGAUAUAGCGCAAGAGCAUGUUCUGGAGUGCAUGAGCGAUCUCCGGAGAAUCUUUGUGGCUGCGGGCGAGCCUUGCCUGCAACUUCAGAACAAUGCCAUCAUGCCAGAAUUGUCCGUCUCGGCGCUGGAUCGGGAGGUGUCGAAGCUGACAACGCGAGAAUUCUUCUUGAAAAUCACAAACCAGGAUGUCAAAGAAGAGCCUGCGGCAGUCAUCGAAAGUCUUGAGCCACUGCUGGAGUGCGUGAUGCCAGAGAGACACAUGUCAGACAACGAAGUAGAUGAAGCCCCAGGGAAGCCCGCGCCUUAUUCAGCGAAUCCUGAACUUGUGUCCUUCCUGGAGAGCAGCCCCAUCACCGUAAAGUUGCUUCUUUGGCAGCGGUUGCGAGACGCCUACGUCAACAUUGACUAUUCCCCGAUGGUGACGUACUGUUAUUUGCGCAUGAUUCGGAUGGUCUUGAAAGAUAUGAAGUCCUCCGACAAGAUCAACCUCGCACGAAGUGAGCGUCAAGUAUUGGUCAUUGAAAGUCUGCGCUUGGUGCGGGAAAUGGUCACUAAGCUAUACACAUUGGUUCAGACCGACAAGAGCGCCCUCGAAUGUGUGGAUGAGCCGGGUCUGAGACUUGCAGUCAGUAGCUUCGGCGAGGUCUUGCAGCUGCUGCAAGUCUUCAACAUUGCUCACGACAACAUCCACGUAGGCAAAUCUGACCCCCCAUCAUUGCCAAGCGGUUUGCCUGCUCCCUCGUUUGCAGCAAUUACCACUAUCGUUCAUGAGAUGCAAGUCCAGCUCUGGAUUGUGCUCUAUGCAUUGCUCAAGGAGGCCAUUUUGCAGAAUGCCGAAAGUUAUCCCUCUCCGCUGGAAGACCGAUUCGACUUCCUGCGUACCGUCCAUCGCAAUCUUGGUCUUCGCGGGAUCUGUGGCGUUGCCAACCGCGCAUUCGUCCGCAUGCUCAAGGACGAGCUGUUUCAAAUGACCCAUGUCGAAGGAUAUGACAGCGAACAAGCACAAGUCCUGUAUGAUCUCUACGGCAUCAACUGCUUCCUGAACCCAUCGUAUGAGCUUAUCGAGCACCGGUGUACACGGGACGCGUUUCUGGACCGUGGAGUGGCACUUCAAUCCACAGAUCUGCUGCUAGCACAAGCGUCAAAAUUGCCCAUGAGAGAGUUGGUGAAGCACUCGUUGAAAGAUACUAUUGAAAAGGUUCAUGGUGCUCUACCGAAGAAAAAAUCCACCGAGGCCAUUGUCAAGAAUAGGGACGCAUAUCGUGCCUACCUUCGCUCGCCAAUCAACCCUCUGGACCUUUUCGAUUGCCUGAAAGGCGAAGGCAACCAUCUCCCCGUCACAGCAAUUGACAAGAAUGACGUGCUACUGGCCUCCAAAGGCUGGUACUUUCUCAUGGGACAAAUGGCUCUUACAAGGUUUCGCUGUCAAAAGCGGACAGCGCCCGCUCCACUUGAGGACGUGGAAAUUGCCAUUGCAUUCUUCUUACAGGAUCUGGAAUACUCUUCCGAGCGUUGGGAAACAUGGUAUCGUCUGGGUCAGGCGUACGACACAAAGAUUGAGGAGAAUGUUGUGUGGUCGGCCGAGAAGCUCAAUAGUCAAAUGCCUGAGAUCAUCGCGCUUCAGAAGAACGCCAUACACUGCUAUACUAUGGCCACCAGUUUGGCUCAUCGUUGUGCGGACCUGGCUUUCAAGACCUCCGACAAGAUGGCUUCGCUCUAUGAGGAUUUCGCUACAAGACUGUACAGUUCCUCUCGCGAACCGUUCAGCAUGCAACCCUUUGCGCUGCAGGAAGAAGUCGACAGAUUCGUCACCAAGUCGAACAACGUAUGCAAAGACAAAUCCUUCCGACCACUGCGGCUGUACGCCGCAUGGAAGCUGGCCAAUGCUCUCUUCGGCAGAGCGCUUGCCAGGCAGCCAGACAAUUGGAUGCUACAUUACAUGGUUGGGAAAUGUCGAUGGAAGAUGCACUCCGCUCCAGAAUCACUUCGCCUGACUGGCGAGAAGCGUGAAGUCCCUCCCACCGGCCACGACGUACUCGCAUGUUUUCUCAGGGCUCUUGAGCUGUUGCCAGAAAAGGAUAAAAAGGAAGGCAAGGACACGAAGCGGGAACCGGUGUUGGAACCGCACUACAAGCUCCUCAGCAUCACGCACAAAUUGGUGCUCCUUGGUAGCAUCAGUCUGCAAGAGGGCAUCGCAGCUUUGGAUCGCACACAGUACUCACGACUCAUAACUGGCCCAGACACACUUGCAGACUGGCCGGAGUAUGCUCUUACCGUGCUGAAGAGGAUUCGUGCGGCCGACAAGUCAAACUGGUACCACCGUAUGAUUGCCCGGGCUGCACAUAUCAAAUACACUACACCCUAUAACCCCGCGUACCGAACCACACCGAACGUGGAUGCGGCUCGAAAUGAGAUGAUGGGGGACCUCUUCACCAAGACCAUGGUCCUGCAAGUUUGGCGCCCAGAGGCAGAGCGUGCUGGGCGCCACUUCGUUUACACCGCUCGCUAUACACGUUUCUUGGUCAAGAUCCUCCAGGAACUCCGCGAUCGAGCAAGUAUGGAGACUCUGGCGCGACGAGUCAGGCGUCGCCCGCACGACAUCUUUGAGCAUUCUCUUGUGUGGCAGGACAUUUGCACAGCAUACCUCUCCAUGCUCCGCGCACACGGACAGCUCAGUGAGGGACUGGAGACCAGCACAUUCAGUAAUAUUUCACACGAAGAAUUUCUUGCCCGCAAAGAGCCCUUGGAGAAGUGGAUGGAGAAGCAGGAUCCAGGGACUCUCCCCGCGCUUGAUGUUAUGCGUGAUGUGCAGGAGCUGAAGAAAAUCAACCAAGGUCUGAUGAAGCCGAGCGCUAUUGAUGACCUCAUUGGAGACUCAUAUGCCAGUCUUUUCAACGGUAUUGGGAAAACGCUGUGGGAGGAAUACAAGCGGGAGCAGCGGGAAGAAGAGGCGAAAAAAGUGCCUGUCAGCCCACCUCGAAGUCAAGUGAUGAGUCUCAACCAUUUGAUGAACACCGAUGGCGCUAGUGAUGCGCAUCCGCCGGCGGUUCCCCCACAGGCAUCAACUGUUGUGAAUGACCCUGCUUCUGGAGCUUCGAAGAAGAUUGGCGCGGGACGAAAGACUGGGGUCGGAAGAAGGGAGAUCCGAGCCUGUGCUGAGGCCGGCUUCCAGAAGUCUAGUGCUCAGCAAUCAAGGAAAGAUGAAGUCACUGCCACAGUCAUCAGGCCUGCGCAGGUGGUCAUUCCACGCCAUCGACCGCUGGAUUUACAGACAGUCCCGGAGAGUGCGCCGGGAAGCGUGCACGACAGUGCUGAUGACGAGAGUGAGUUGAGCGAAUUGGAAGAGGAAGGUGAUGAUGAAGGAGGUGGCCCAGAGAGUGAUGAUGAAGAGGCACCAAAUGAAGCUCCGGCGCUACGACCCACGUUUCCAGGCUUGACUAGUAUUACGGCUCAUGGCAAACAGGAGGAGGGCGCAAGGCGUGAUGAAGCUGAGCGUAACAAGUCUGUGGCAGCGGUGGAACAGAAUGAGGAUGUGGAGAUGCUAGACGAAGGCAAGGAUGAUGGCGAGAAGAUGAUCGACGAUGCAAUGGUGGCAGUGCAAGCCUAA